CGGUCAGUGCCAGCCUGAAGUUCUGCGAGUCACGUGGAAAGUUGUAAACAGGUUGGUUGUGUGUAAUGAGAAUAGGAAUGGAGUGUCACCUCUCAAACAAAAUAUAUUAAGUUUAACACAUGAUAAUCACGUUUUUGUUCAUUUCAUCAAAUUAUUAGUUGGUUAAUUUUGUCUCGAAGGUUUCUAACAGCAUUCCAACCGGCGCUAUACAGGCCAGGGUAGUGGCUCGCAGCUGAGCACGGGACCUUUGCUGCUAGCUGCGUUAGCUUUGGCAUGUCGGCUGCGCUUCCUAUGUACCAGAGAGGUACUCGGUGGCUCGUUCCUCUUAAACACACACCAACAUGGAACUUGUGAAAAACUAUGUCAAGAAAGCAAUGCCAUCGCUUAGUAGUGAUCAGAUGGAUACACUGAUGGCUAAACUGGAGGAAUUAGGAGUUCUCUCUGUAGAUGACCUGAGCCUUGUUGACCCGGAGGACAUUAAAGACACUCUGCCAUUUAUUCAGUGCAAAAGAUUCGUCAGAGCUGUCAAAGCAUUGGAAUCAGAUUCACAAGCUCCAUCGCAGUUUACCAGGCCUGGCCCCUCCUCAACACCUGAGCCACAUAGGUUUCAGCUGCCUUCAACACCACCUGAGACAGCCGACUCCCCAUCCCAAGACACAUAUUCUGUUCCAUGGCACAAAUUUCCCUCAAAAGUCAUGGAUGACUUACGUGAAAAGAAGUACAUAAUGGGGAAAGACAGACGAGAGAUGGUUCGGAUCGUCGCUGAAGAUUACCUCCACAAACACCCAGGAAGACCUGGUAGACAAAAGCUGAGGGAACUCGCCAGUAUGAUUGUAGGACAAUAUCCUGCCUCCUUCAAGCUGACAGAGCCGUUUGGAAACAAACCUUUUGCAAAAGAUGGUUCUGAAACUUUAUUUCGUCAGCUGGAACACAGAAUUGAAAAUAUGAAGAGGCCACAAAGCUCACUGAAGAGGCGAGCAGGGGGUGAAAAUUCAACAAAGAAAAGGCCCAGGAAUUCAGAUCAGUAUGGAUGUGUGGCGUGGGAUCCAAUCAUUGAGGGGACUGUGUGCAGAGAAGACCUGCUGUCUAAACGAGAUGACUUGAAACGUGCCUUUCAAACCCAGGAUCUUCAGGAGUCAUCUGUUAGAAAAUUGAUGACUGAAACAUAUCCCAUUCAGCGUGAAAUCCUCAACGAUGCUGAUACCCCUAUUGGCGUUGUAAAGGAGGAGUGGCCGUUCCUGUUUGAAGUUCCUCACCUGUUUGAUCAUGCAUCCAAACUCCUUGGCUUCUCUGUACAAAACAAGCUGGCACAGGAACUUUCCAAAAAAGAAAAGGGGAUCAAUGACUUCCUUGACUCCAAAGGGAUGAAGACGGGCGAAGGUCCAAUACAGCUCAUCUGUGGCAUUGCAAAAUACUUCAAGGAAGACUCUUAUAAACUCUUCGACAAAAAAGAGAUCUCUGCAGAUCCUGAAGUCGAACUCCCAGUGACCCCAUGCAUCCUAGUCAGAGGUGACCAGCAAUUCAAGAUUGCUCUUGAUGGGUUACUUGUCAAUGACCACAUCACCUCUCCCAUUGUGGCUUUGAGCUACGUCUUCUCCAUGUUUUAUGUCUGCAACAUCCAAUACCCACCGGAGAUGGCUUUUACUCUCGAAUUCAUGCAAAGAGUUUUCUUUGGGAUCAAUCCUGAGCGAGGCUCCAAGGCAGAGAAGAAAGGGAAGAAACAGCACUUCAUACCUCCACAGGUGUGCAAGCUGGUUUCUCAGCUGAAGGAAUUUGAAUGCAAGCAGAAGGACUCUGAGUGGGCCAUUUGAGCUGUUCUCAAAGCUCAGAAAAUACCUUUUUGGACUGUAUGUACAAUUUUUAUAGUAUUAUGUGAGUUCAGAUGUUUUAACUAGAUGCCCACAACACACAUGCUGCAGUUUAAAAUCCCCCAUGUUAAGGGGGAGGGAAGGUGGGCGAUAUUUGUCAUUCCAGGUAGAGCUUUGCCUGUCAAUGUGGAGUUGGAGGUGUAAAUUUUAAGUUUUAUUUUUUUACAGAAAUCUCUUUAUGGCAUCCUUUUAAGGUUAUGAUUGUUAUUGCUGCACUGAUGUUUUAUAGAAAAUUUAUAUAAUGUAAUACUUCUAAUGUUCUACUUGUUUUUUGUAGAAAGGUCAGACACUGGUUGCAGAGCUCUGCCUGUCGGUGUGAUAUGUGGAGUUGGAGGUGUAGGUUUCUGCAUCCUCCUGGAGGGGGCUCCUCAUUUUGCACUGACAGGUGAGACAGCAACAGCAAUGCUGGCAGUUUUAUUGUUAUUUAUUGUUAUUUUGUCAAUGUCUUUAACAAAUCCAUUUGUUAUUAAUGCCUGUCAGCCUGUGGGUGCUAAAAAGUUGCUAGAUUUGGCAGCUCCCUGUUAAAGGACAUGGCUGUAGUUCUUUAAGAGAACAGCUGGUUUAUGUAUGUAAAAUUGCUCUGAAUGUGAAGGUGAUGUUCUGAAUGUAUUAGUGGUUGUAAUGUAAAUAUUGCAAUUCAUUCACUACAAAAAGUGCAAUCACUUUAAAGCAUUGGCAGCUGUUAAAAUAAAUAAAUAA